UCACACUACCCCACAUGACUCGUCGGGACCGGACCACCUAACAUUUCGUGGUUUUCUGAGGUUGACGCCACUCCAUGACAGCCACUAUGCCGACGUCGACGCUCAACAAACGCCGUAGCCGGUGCGUCUUGUUCCUGAUCCUGUCGGCUGCAGGACAAACGCUAGCUGCCUCCAUUUCCGGUUCGCCAGUGUCCAGCCCCAAGCCGCCUAUGUGGCCGGACCAGUUCACGUCCAAGUUCACCGUCCGUAUAGAGGAGUAUGGAGACGACUUCAACAAACCUGGCGUCGUCUAUUAUAACUGGAAGACUAAGACUCUACGCAGUGAUUUCAUCGACUGGUGCCUGCCUCUGUUCGACCCGCCCGGAUACCAGAACUACACGUGCUCCUUCCUGAUGACUGACGGGAACACGUACUUCGUGAACCACACGGCGAGCAGCUGGCAGGACUACGACUGUUGUCUGUUCGCAGAAGGGUUAGGACCCAUCACCCCGGACUGGGUCAAGAACGGUCAGUACAACGGAACGGACACGCUCAGGGGACACAAAGUUGACGUGUGGUGGUUUCCCGGCACAUCGGACCCAAGCCAGCCGUGUUACGCGUACUGGGACACGGUGCACGAUCACACUCCGGUACGGUUCUUCGGACUAGUCGCUGUUGGUCCUGCAAUUUUAGACUAUGACUGGUUCCAAGUCGGCCCACCGAGCGCCGACAUGACCAAACCACGUGGAGGAUGUAGUAAAGAGUGCGAGCCUACAGGGCCUAGAGCUAGGCUAGUUGACAUGCCCUGGCCGUCGUGUGGAUAGCUAUAGCACGACACUAAUUAGUAGAACAUACCACAUCAAUGUCAUCAUCUUUAUCAUUAUUAUCUUCAAUGAUAUACCAGAAACAAUGUUGUUGCGAUGCGUGUGAAGGUUUUCGUGAUUUUUUACUGUUCAUAGUCGUCAGUAGAACGAUAGGCGUAAAAUGCAAAAUCCAGACACAGUCAGAACAGCAUUAUCAUUUCUAUUGCCCUCGACAUGGUCAUCUGUACUGUUAAUAAUUGAAAUGUCUCUUUCCUUUCAUCGAGUGAUCAACUGUGAUGUUUAUUGACGGCUCUGAAGAAAGAGCUGCUACAAACAUGAUUUACUUACAUUACAUUUCCACUUCAACGUUGCUCAUAUCUGCAUCAUUCUGUACAACAUACAUUGUGCGAUUGCAUCCAAUUGAAACGUAUUGCAUAUCUGUAUCUGAAUCUAAAUUUAUGUAGCUGGUAUAACCGCCCUUACACGUAACACACUGUCAUCAUGACCAUACACGGGUUAUCAUGAUACAGAUGUAUGUGUAUGUUCAAGCCAAUGAACAAAAACAUGAUCAAGUACUGAAAAACGCAAUGCAUUAGGCCACAGCAAGUAAAUUCUACGGAUGACAUCAGCGCGCGCAUUAAU